AGCUUCUCCAUUCGCUCUCCUUCCUGCCCUGGCAGUCGAGCCGCGACCCCAGCCCCAGGGAACUGGUUGUAUGGCUCAUCGCCGCCUCGUUCCACAGUUUGGAUCCUGCCCUGCUGACGCUUUGGAACCGGGCAGGGCGUCCGGCCAGGAGGGCAUUCGCAAGGAAUUCUAGGGUUCCCAAGCCGUGUUCCCCUUUCUCUCCAGAUUUCCCUGGUAAUGCCGGAGCUGGGCCUUGGGAGCCCUCCAGCCUCGCCCAGCGCUCCGUCCUGGGGAUCCUCCCGGGCUCUGCCGCACCCCUCGGCCCCGACGAUCCCAGAAGGCGCGCCCCCGCUCUGCCCCCGCCGCUCCCAGGCCUCGCCGCCAUGCGCCUGGGGUCCCUCCUGGCCGUGCUCCGGCCGGCGCUGCCCCUCAUCCUGGGACUGUCUCUGGGCUGCAGCCUGAGCCUCCUGCGGGUCUCCUGGAUCCAGGGGGAGAGCGAGGACCCGUGCGUGGAGGAGGUGGCGGAGCCCGGGGGCCCGCGGAACCCCGAUCCCAGGGCCCGGCAGCCUCACGGAGAUGACGACUUCAAGCCCCGCAUCGUCCCCUACUACAGGGACCCCAACAAGCCCUACAAGAAAGUCCUGAGGACCCGCUACAUCCAGACGGAGCUGGGUUCCCGGGAGCGGCUGCUAGUGGCCGUGCUGACGUCCCGGGCGGGCCUGUCCGGCCCGGCGGUGGCGGUGAACCGCACCGUGGGGCACCACUUCCCGCGGCUCCUGUACUUCACGGGGCAGCGGGGGGCUCGGGCACCGGCCGGGAUGCAGGUGGUGUCCCUGGGGGACGAGCGGCCCGCCUGGCUCAUGUCCGAGACCCUGCGGCACCUGCACGCCCACUUCGGGGCCGAGUACGACUGGUUCUUCGUGAUGCAGGACGACACGUACGUGCAGGCCCCGCGGCUGGCCGCCCUAGCCGGCCACCUGAGCAUCAACCAGGACCUGUACCUGGGCCGGGCCGAGGAGUUCAUCGGGGCCGGCGAGCAGGCCCGCUACUGCCACGGCGGCUUUGGCUACCUGCUGUCCCGCAGCCUCCUGCUCCGCCUGAGGCCCCACCUGGACGGCUGCCGCGGGGACAUCCUCAGCGCCCGGCCCGACGAGUGGCUCGGGCGCUGCCUCAUCGACUCCCUGGGCAUCGGCUGCGUCUCCCAGCACCAGGGUCAGCAGUAUCGCUCCUUUGAGCUGGCCAAGAACAGGGAUCCCGAGAAGGAGGGGAGCGCAGCGUUCCUGAGCGCCUUGGCCGUGCACCCUGUGUCCGAGGGGUCCCUGAUGUACCGGCUGCACAAGCGGUUCAGCGCCCUGGAGCUGGACCGGGCCUACGGCGAGAUAGAACAGCUGCAGGCCCAGAUCCGCAACCUGACCCUGCUGACCCCGGAGGGCGAGGCCGGGCUGAGCUGGCCCGUGGGGCUCCCGGCCCCCUUCAGCCCGCGGUCCCGUUUCGAGGUGCUGGGCUGGGACUACUUCACGGAGCAGCACCUCUUCUCCUGCGCCGACGGGGCCCCCAAGUGCCCGCUGCGGGGGGCGGGCCGGGCCGACGUGGGCGACGCGGUGGACACGGCCCUGGAGCAGCUGAACCGGCGCUACCAGCCCCUCCUGCGCUUCCGCAAGCAGCGCCUGCUCAACGGCUACCGCCGCUUCGACCCGGGCCGGGGCAUGGAGUACACGCUGGACCUGCUGCUGGAGGCCGUCACGCAGCGCGGCCACCGCCGGGCCCUGGCCCGCCGGGUCAGCCUGCUGCGCCCGCUGGGACGCGUGGAGAUCCUGCCCAUGCCCUACGUCACCGAGGCCACCCGCGUCCAGCUGGUGCUGCCGCUCUCGCCGGCCGAGGCGGCGGCCGCCCCCGCCUUCCUGCGGGCCUACGCGGCCGGCGUCCUGGAGACCCGCGAGCACGCCCUGCUGACCCUGCUCCUGGUGUACGGGCCGCGCGAGGGGGGCGCGGCCGGGCGGGGGGCGCCGGACCCCUUCGCCGGGGUGCGGGCCGCGGCGGCCGAGCUGGAGCGGCGCCACCCCGGGGCGCGGCCCGCCUGGCUGGCCGUGCGGGCCGAGGCCCCCUCGCAGGUGCGGCUGCUGGACGUGGUGUCCAAGAAGCACCCCGUGGACACGCUCUUCUUCCUCACCACCGUCUGGACGCGGCCGGGCCCCGAGGCCCUGAACCGCUGCCGCAUGAACGCCAUCGCCGGCUGGCAGGCCUUCUUCCCCGUCCACUUCCAGGAGUUCAGCCCGGCCCUGACCCCGCCCCGGCCGGCCGCCCCGGCCCCCGAGCAGGCCCGGCCCGCCCCGGCCGGCGGCCGCUUCGACCGCCAGGCCUCGGCCGAGGGCUGCUUCUACAACUCGGACUACCUGGCGGCCCGGGCGCGGCUGGCGGCCGAGCUGGAGGGCCAGGAGGAGGAGGAGGCCCUGGAGGGGCUGGAGGUCCUGGACGUCUUCCUGCGCUUCUCGGGGCUGCACCUCUUCCGGGCCGUGGAGCCGGGGCUGGUGCAGGCCUUCGCCCCCCGCGACUGCAGCCCGCGCCUCAGCGAGGAGCUUUACCACCGCUGCCGCCUCAGCAACCUCGAGGGCCUGGGGGGUCGGGCCCAGCUGGCCAUGGCCCUGUUCGAGCAGGAGCAGGCCAACAGCACCUAGCCGACCCCCCCCCGGCCGGGGGCGGAUCGGACACGCGGAGGACCCGGGACCUCCUUGGCUUGUUUUUUUGGGGUUUUUUUAACAUUAUAUUAAAAGUUUCUUCGUCCA